AUGCAUCGGAUACAUGCGCGGUUCCUUGUGUUCUUGGGCACCUAUGUCUGCCUGCUCGGGAGAGCCGGGGCUUCUAUCCCCUGCCCAGACACUACCACAGUGAACUAUCAGCCUCUGGAAGUCCGCUGCCAGCAAAACACCUACACAUUAACGGGAAUCUACGUCGAUACACCCUGCGUAAGCGCGCCGUUAGCUUCCACCGUAUACACAGUUGCCACCACCGUCGCGCAACCGGCGAGCACCGCCGCCGCCGCCGGCAAAUGCGAGCUCCCGGCCCAGAUCUCGGGCUUCAAGCUCUACGGAUGCGCCGUCUCGGCCGCCGGGUUCGCGGGCCUCGCAAAGAUCGCCACGAGCCAGGCCAUGACCCUCGAGGCAUGCGCCAGCUCCUGCGGCAAGACCUUCUUCGGCGUGUACAGCAGCGACUGCUACUGCGGCGACGCGGCGGGCGCCGAUGUCGUCGCCAUCGCCCCGGACCAGUGCAGCACCUCGUGUCCCGGAAACGGCCGGUUCUGCUGCGGCGGGAUACCGAAGCGGGGGGCGUCGGGGAACAUCCUGAAGCGGCAGUCGGCAGCCUCCGCCGUGGCGCUGUCCCUGUAUCAGCGGAUUUCGGACGCGAGGCCGGACGGCGGCAGCACCCAGACGACCGGCGGGCCGGCGACCGGGGGAUACGUUACCCUGACGCAGGUCCUGACCGGCACGAAUGCCGUGCCUACGACGGUGACGAUCCCGCCCUCGGGCACUGCCCCGGGCUCGGUUAUUAUUCAAACGCCGCCCGGAGGGCAGUACGUCACUCUGACGCAACCUCUUAGCGGCACCAAUGGCGUGCCUGUCACGCUGACGAUCCCGCCCAGCGGCACGUUUCCCGGGACCGUCAUCAUCCAGACCCCGGCGGCUUCCGCGGCUUCCGCGGCUUUUGUGACCCUCACGCAGCCCCUGACUGGCACGAAUGGCGUGCCGACGACAAUCACCAUACCCCCGAGCGGUACGGCGCCAGGCACCGUCCUUAUCCAGACGCCGGUGACGUCCAGGGGUUUCGUCACGCUGACGCAGCCCCUGACCGGUACCAACAGCGUGCCUACCACCAUCACCAUCCCCCCUAGUGGCACGCUUCCCGGCACCGUCAUCAUCCAGACGCCGCCGGGACUGUAUGUUACACUGACGCAGUUUUUCAUCGGCACCAGCGGCACGGCCGUGACAGUUACCAUCCCGCCCAGCGGCACGAUCCCGGGGACUAUCAUCAUCCAGACACCGCACGUGCCGGAUGUAUUCGUCACCAUUACCCAGCCCAUCACCGGCACCAACAGCAUCGCUGCUACGAUAACCAUACCGCCUAGCGGCACGGUUCCGGGGACUGUUAUCAUCCAGACGCCAGUCAAGCCGUACGUUACGCUUACCCAGCCGCUCACCGGUACCAACAGCUUGCCUACCACGUUGACCAUCCCCCCGAGCGGGACAGCCCCUGGUUCCAUCAUCAUCGUAACGCCGGCAGGGGGAGCAUUUGUGACUCUCACGCAAGCCUUGACAGGUACGAAUACCGCGCCUACCACGGUUACUAUCCCCCCUAGCGGUACCGUUCCAGGCACCAUUAUUAUCCAGACGCCGGCGGGAGGCUUGUACGUCACUCUCACGCAGCCUUUCUCCGGUACAAUAAGCGUGCCGACUACUCUUACUAUUCCCCCGAGUGGCACCAACCCAGGCAGCGUAGUUAUUAUUACGCCGCCGGCGGCAACCGGCAUGGUCACAAUCACUCAGCUAUUUAGCGGCUCUCUUACCAUUCCUACCACUUUGACCAUCCCCCCUAGUGGCACAAACCCAGGCAGUAUAGUCAUCAUUACGCCGCCGGCGGCAACCGGCAUGGUCACAAUCACUCAGCUGUUUAGCGGCUCUCUUACCAUUCCUACCACUUUGACCAUCCCCCCUAGCGGCACAAACCCAGGCAGUGUGGUUAUUAUAACUCCACCGGUGGCAACUGGAAUAGUAACGCUUAUACAGCCAUUUAGCGGCUCCCUCACAAUGCCCACGACUAUAACCAUUCCACCUAGCGGCACCAACCUAGGAAGCGUAGUCAUAAUCACACCACCGGCAACUGGCAUAGUGACGCUCACCCAAGUAUUUAGCGGAUCGCUUACAAUUGCCACGACUAUAACUAUUCCACCUAGCGGCACCAACCCAGGCAGCGUAGUUAUCGUAACCCCGCCAGUAGCAACUAAUAUAGUUACUCUUGUACAGCCAUUUAGCGGCUCCCUUACAAUACCCACGACUAUAACUAUUCCGCCCAGCGGAACUAAUCCCGGCAGCGUGGUUAUCAUUACGCCGCCAGCAGCAACAGGCAUGGUGACGGUGAUGCAGCCAUUUAGCGGAUCCCUUACAGUAGCCACGACUAUAACUAUCCCCCCCAGUGGCACCAACCCAGGCAGCGUAGUUAUUGUAACCCCACCAGUAGUGAGUAUAGUUACGCUUCUACAACCCUUUAGCGGCUCUCUUACAAUACCCACGACUAUUACUAUCCCACCUAGCGGCACCAACCCGGGUAGCGUCGUUAUAAUUACGCCGCCGGCAAGUGGCAUGGUUACACUUACGCAGGCAUUCAGCGGCUCGCUUACAUUUGCUACCACCAUAACUGUUCCCCCAAGCGGCACCAACCCAGGCAGUAUAGUCAUCAUUACGCCGCCGGCGGCAACCGGCAUGGUUACGCUUAUACAGCCAUUUAGCGGCUCUCUCACAAUACCCACGACUAUUACCAUUCCACCUAGCGGCACCAACCUGGGCAGCGUGGUCAUACUUACGCCGCCGGCAAGUGGCAUGGUUACACUUACGCAGGCAUUUAGCGGCUCUCUUACUGUUGCCACUACCAUGACUAUUCCCCCCAGCGGCACCAACCUAGGGAGCGUAGUCAUUAUAACGCCGCCAGCGGCGACAGGCAUAAUAACGCUCACGCAACCAUUUAGCGGGUCACUAACAGUGGCUACAACAAUAACUAUUCCGCCAAGCGGGACUAACCUAGGCAGCGUCAUUGUCAUUACACCGCCAGCUGCAACCGGCAUGAUCACGCUUGUACAGCCAUUUAGCGGAUCGCUCACAGUUGCUACUACAAUUACUAUUCUGCCUAGCGGUACUAAUCUGGGAAGUAUAGUCAUCGUUACGCCACCGGCGGCAACCGGCAUGGUUACGCUUACACAGGCAUUCAGCGGCUCGCUUACAGUUGCCACUACUAUGACUAUUCCCCCCAGCGGCACCAACCCAGGCAGUAUAGUCAUCAUUACGCCGCCGGCGGCAACCGGCAUGGUUACGCUUAUACAGCCGUUUAGCGGCUCUCUUACAAUGCCUACAACUAUUACUAUCCCGGCUAGCGGCACCAACCCGGGCAGCGUAGUCAUAAUUACGCCGCCAGCAAGUGGUAUGGUUACAUUAACACAGGUAUUUAGCGGCUCUCUUACCAUUGCUACUACUUUAACUAUUCCGCCUAGCGGCACCAACCCAGGCAGCGUGGUUAUUAUUACACCGCCAGUAGCAACUGGCAUGGUCACUAUUACACAGCCGUUUAGCGGCUCCCUCACCGUUGCUACAACCGUCACUAUCCCCCCUAGCGGCACUAACCUAGGUAGCGUGGUAGUCAUUACGCCGCCGGCAAGUGGCAUGGUGACCAUUACGCAGGUAUUCAGUGGCUCUCUGACAGUUCCUACUACUUUGACUAUCCCCCCUAGCGGAACAAACCCAGGCAGCGUGGUCAUUAUCACGCCGCCAGCGGCAACAGGCAUGGUGACACUGAUACAGCCGUUUAGCGGCUCUCUUACCAUUGCUACUACUUUAACUAUUCCGCCUAGCGGAACCAACCUAGGCAGCGUGGUCAUUAUCACGCCGCCAGCGGCAACAGGCAUGGUCACUAUUAUACAGCCAUUUAGCGGAUCUCUUACCGUUGCUACUACUCUAACUAUUCCGCCUAGCGGAACCAAUCUAGGCAGCGUGGUCAUUAUCACGCCGCCGGCGGCAACAGGCAUGGUGACGCUGAUACAGCCGUUUAGCGGCUCUCUUACCGUGGCCACAACCGUUACCAUCCCCCCUAGCGGAACCAACCUAGGCAGCGUGAUUAUUAUUACGCCGCCGGCGGCAACCGGCGUAGUGACGGUAAUGCAGCCAUUUAGCGGAUCGCUUACCAUAGCCACUACUAUUACCAUCCCCCCUAGCGGCACCAACUUGGGCAGCGUGGUUAUUAUAACCCCACCAGCGGCAACUGGCAUAAUUACGCUAACACGGGCAUUUAGCGGCUCUCUUACAGUACCUACUACUAUUACCAUUCCACCUAGCGGAACCAACGUAGGGAGCGUAGUCAUCAUUACCCCGCCAGCGGCGACAGGCAUGGUUACUAUCACACAGCCAUUUAGCGGAUCGCUGACAGUUGCCACAACUAUAACUAUUCCGCCCAGCGGCACCAUCCCAGGCAGCGUGGUCAUUAUCACGCCGCCGGUGGUAGCGACAGGCAUGGUGACGGUGAUGCUGCCAUUCAGCGGCUCCCUUACAGUGGCCACUACCGUUACCAUCCCCCCUAGCGGCACCAACCCGGGCAGCGUGGUCAUCAUAACCCCGCCUGCGGCAACUGGCAUGAUUACGCUAACACAGGCAUUUAGCGGCUCUCUUACAGUACCUACAACCAUUACUAUUCCGCCUAGCGGGACUAAUAUAGGGAGCAUAGUCAUCAUUACCCCGCCGGCGGCGACAGGCAUGGUGACGGUGACCCAGCCAUUUAGCGGAUCGCUUACCGUGGCCACAACCGUCACCAUCCCCCCUAGCGGCACCAACCCAGGUAGCGUGGUCAUCGUAACCCCGCCAGCGGCAACGGGCAUGAUCACUAUUACCCAGGCAUUUAGCGGGUCGCUCACAGCGGCUACUACCAUCACAAUCCCCCCUAGCGGCACUAACCUAGGCAGCGUGGUCAUUGUUACGCCGCCGGCGGCGACAGGCAUGGUUACGCUCACGCAGCUCUUCAGCGGGUCUCUUACCGUACCCACCACCAUCACCGUUCCCCCGAGCGGCACCAACCCCGGCAGCGUGGUCAUCGUCACGCCGCCGCCACCGGCAACUGGGCCGUACAUCACCCUCACGCAGGCGGCCACCGGCAACAACACCAUGGCCACCACGCAGACGAUUCCCCCCAGCGGCACCGUCCCAGGCACCGUCAUUGUCUUCACGCCUCCCGCCAUCGUCCCGUUUGUCACCCUGACGCAGAUCCUCACCGGCACCAACAUGGUGCCUUCCACCGUCACGAUCCCGCCCAACGGCACAGUCCCCGGCAGCGUCAUCAUCAUGACACCGCCAAUGUCAUACGUCACGGUCUUCCAGGUUGCGACGGUAACCGCCACAGCUACCAUCACCCUGUCGCCAAACGGCACAGGUCCCGGCACAGUCGUUAUCCAGAAUCCUCUAAGCACCGGGGGUGCUUGCCCAGUUGCGACGUCUUGUCCUCCUAGUGGGCUAAACAUCGAUUAUUAUGCUAAUGGCUUUUACCCUAGUGGCUAUCGGGCCGGAAGCCCAAACCCGGCAUAUUACCUUGCGCAAAACCUCACUCCUAUAGCAUCCGCCCUUACUAACUAUACUUAUUUUCCUUUGAAUACCGACUCUACUCCCGCGACUGGCGCGUAUACUGGCGUAGUAAGGUACCCUAAUAAUCCGUUUACAUACUAUAUAGGCUGGGUGCAGCCAGUGAACGGCGGCAUCAUGGUUGAUGCCAACAACUUUACCCUUGUGUACUCUGGAUUCUAUCGUGCUCCUCUUACUGGGCAAUAUAAAUUCUGCAUCACCAAUGUUGACGACGGAGCUGAUCUAUUCCUGGGGGCCGGGAAUGCCUUUAAUUGCUCUGCCCUUGCUGGCGCCGUGGCUGCCGCGCCCAAUGCCCCAUCCUCAAAGGCUUCAGUCCCCAGCUCUGUUUAUGUCAACGGAAAGCUGGCCGUAGCGCAGCCUCUUGGCGUCUCCGCCAUGUCGGGCACCGCCUCCACCUCAGUCUCUUGCAGCGUUGGCGACGACGUGCUCGAGUGUGCCAACAAGGUGUACAAGAACAUUCAGGUGUCCAGUGAUGCAGUGUCGGGGAGCCAUUCCGCCGUGAAUAUCCGAGUCUCAAUAAACGACCUUUAUACCGGCUUCGUGGACGUGGCUUGGGACACCAAACUAUCCGAAUGUGUCGUCACCCCCGAAGUGGUCUAUGAGGGCGAGGGAGUCUUUUGCAACUCCAAGAGCUGUCAGCAGGGAAUGAAGUUCAAAAAUAAAAAAGUCGACACCUACAGCCGGGGCUUUGCAGUUGGCGCUACGGUUUCGCCUCAGCAGCCGCUCAAGGUCGUCGCCUCUCCCGUCACCCCCGAAUUCAACGAGAACUGGACCAAGUCCGUCGCCGCCGAGUCGACUGUCGAGCGCCGUAUGCGCUUGGAAGCUGGUCAGGUUUGCUUCCCAUCUACAGUCCAGUUGCGCGUGGACUGCCAGCAGACAAUCACCGUGAAGCCAGCCGGCAACCCCCCUUACAUGGUCACGUACUAUAUUGCUAUGCCUCCGCAGUUGGGUCAGUUCCCCAUGUCGGAUAUCUGCAAGCAUUACAAGCCUGGUUCGGGCACCGACAGCAGCUACGUGACCAGCGAUGACUUGAGCAAGCUCUGUGACACCAAGGCUUCAAAAGUCAGCUUCUACGCUACCCUUCAGGACGGUAAUCCUUGGUCGAUGGAAGGAUGCAUGCGAUCCUGA